AGAAGGGAGGCACUUGAGAAAUGUCUUUCCUCCAGGACCCAAGUUUCUUCACCAUGGGGAAGUGGUCCAUUGGUGCAGGAGCCCUGGGGGCUGCUGCCUUGGCAUUGCUGCUUGCCAACACAGACCUGUUUCUGUCCAGGCCCCAGAAAGCGGCCCUGGAGUACCUGGAGGAUAUAGACCUGAAAACACUGGAGAAGGAACCAAGGACUUUGAAAGCAAAGGAGCUAUGGGAAAAAAAUGGAGCUGUGAUUAUGGCCGUGCGGAGGCCAGGCUGUUUCCUCUGUCGAGAGGAAGCUGCAGAUCUGUCCUCCCUGAAAAGCAUGUUGGACCAGCUGGGCGUCCCCCUCUAUGCAGUGGUAAAGGAGCACAUCAAGACCGAAGUGAAGGAUUUCCAGCCUUAUUUCAAAGGAGAAAUCUUCCUGGAUGAAAAGAAAAAGUUCUAUGAUCCACAAAGGCGGAAGAUGAUGUUUAUGGGAUUUAUCCGUCUGGGAGUGUGGUACAACUUCUUCCGAGCCUGGAAUGGAGGCUUCUCUGGAAACCUGGAAGGAGAAGGCUUCAUCCUUGGGGGAGUUUUCGUGGUGGGAUCAGGAAAGCAGGGCAUUCUUCUCGAGCACCGAGAAAAAUAAUUUGGAGACAAAGUAAACCUACUUUCUGUUCUGGAAGCUGCUAAGACGAUCAAACCACAGACUUUGGCCUCAGAGAAAAAAUGAUCGUGUGAAACUGCCCAGCUCAGGGAUAACCAGGGGCAUUCACCUGUGUUCAUGGGAUGUAUUGUUUCCACUUGUGCCCCUAAGGAGUGAGAAACCCAUUUAUACUCUACUCUCAGUAUGGAUUAUUAAUGUAUUUUAAUAUUCUGUUUAGGCCCAGUAAGGCAAAAUAGCCCCAAAACAAGACUGACAAAAAUCUGAAAAACUAAUGAGGAUUGUUAAGCUAAAACCUGGGAAAUAGGAGGCUUAAAAUUGACUGUCAGGCUGGGUGCGGUGGCUCACACCUGUAAUCCCAGCACCUUGGGAGGCCGAGGUGAGCAAGUCACUUGAGGUCGGGAGUUCAAGACCAGCCUGAGCAACAUGGCGAAACCCCGUCUCUACUAAAAAUACAAAAAUCAGCCGGGUGCGGUGGCAUGCACCUGUAGUCCCAGCUACCCGGGAGGCUGAGGCAGGAGAAUCACUUGAACCUGGGAGGUGGAGGUUGCGGUGAGCCAAGAUCACGCCACUGUAUUCCAGCCUGGGUGACUGAGACUCCAUCUAAAAAAAAAAAAAAAAAUGGUUGCUGUGCCUCAUUACAAAUGCAUAUGGUGUUUGAGUGCUGUUGUUUGAAAUUAUUUUUCUUUUCAGGCCUUCGAAAAUCCAAGAAAAGUUGAUGAUUGACUUGAAGAUUACAGAAUUUAAGGUUUUUUGGCAUGUGUGUUUUCUAUUAAUAAUUGGUUAUAGGAUGUCAAAGUAAUACUUUCAUAAUAGAAUUGACAUGCUCUGGGAUAGUUUGACAAAGGUAAAUUGUAAAGUGAAAUCUCUCGUUUCAUUAUCUUCCAUUCUAACCUCAGAGAUCCGUUUCUCUAGAAAAAAUGACCAUCUCUGGCUUUAAUAAAAUUAUGCAUCAGAAAUCAAAA